AAAGAAGAAGCUGCCAUAUUGCAGUGAUACAGCGACUUUAGAAGAGUGCUCAUUAAAGGAUUUUUUUUUAGUUUUUGUAUCUGUAAUUUAAAGAAAUGCUCUCAACUCAAGCUUUUGGAGACCCUGGCAAGAUGAAGGACUAUCACUACACGGGUCCGGUUGAGCACCGUUUUUCCCCAUAUACAUUCAACGGAGGGACUGUUCUAGCGGUGGCUGGGGAAGACUUUGUCAUUGUAGCUUCCGACACCAGGCUGAGUGAGGGCUACUCAAUCCACAGCAGAGAGUCGCCAAAAUGCUACAAGCUGACAGACACAACAGUAAUUGGCUGCAGUGGUUUCCAUGGUGACUGUCUGACUCUGACCAAAAUCAUUGAUGCCAGACUCAAGAUGUACAAACACUCAAACAAUAAGACCAUGACGUGUGGAGCCAUCGCUGCCAUGUUGUCCACCAUCUUGUACGGCAGGAGAUUCUUCCCCUACUAUGUUUACAAUAUCAUUGGAGGCCUUGAUGACGAGGGCAAGGGUGCAGUCUACAGCUUUGACCCAGUAGGAUCCUACCAGAGGAACAGCUACAUGGCUGGGGGAUCAGCUAGUGCUAUGCUGCAACCACUUCUCGACAACCAGAUCGGUUUCAAAAACAUGGAAGGUGUGACACGUAUUCCUCUGAGCCUCGAGAAGUCAGUUCAGCUGGUCAAAGAUGUUUUCAUCUCGGCCACGGAAAGAGAUGUUUACACCGGAGAUGCCCUUCAGAUCUGCAUUAUCACAAAGGACGGAAUCAAAGAGGAGACUGUCACACUGAGGAAGGACUGAAGACGACGUUGUUCCUUCUUCCUCUUCUUCCCUCCACUUACGCUUCUUUUCAAAUUCAAUCUGCUGGUUUGGCCGCUUGACGUCAGAUUCUAUCAAACAGGAGUGUUGAUCCAGAAAAUAAGGAAUUUGUUUUAGACUUGAACCAGGAAACACACAUUAAAUUUUUUGAUACCUGUAACUCUUAUUUUUUCCCCCCCAAGUUAACGCAUGGCUUUAUUUUUCCUGUUGUCAUGACCAGGAUCCUUGAUCAACACUCCUGUUGUUAUAUGUCUGCCCUGAAAAGUUCCCAUUAUGAGAGGCACCAUACUCUGUUAUUCUUUUUACAUUCUUAAUAAAUUUAAAGAAUUGAAAAACCACA